UGGGGAGGGCCCGGGAUUCCACUUCCCGGCAGGCAGUGCGGCCCGAGGGGCGGAACUCCAUUUCCCAGCAGGCUCCAGGCGGCGGGCGCCGCCGUGCCUGGUGUGGGAUGCCUAGGACCGCCGCCAUGGGGCUGAAGGCCGCCCAGAAGACACUGUUCCCGCUACGCACCAUUGAUGACGUGGUGCGCCUGUUCGCAGCCGAGCUAGGCCGAGAGGAGCCUGACCUGGUCCUCCUGUCCUUAGUACUGGGCUUCGUGGAGCAUUUCUUAGCCGUCAACCGCGUCAUCCCCACCAAUGUGCCCGAGCUCACCUUCCAGCCCAUCCCUGCGCCUGACCCACCUGGUGGCUUCACCUACUUCCCAGUGGCUGACUUAUCCAUCGUCGCUGCGCUCUAUGCCCGCUUCACCGCCCAGAUCCGAGGUGCUGUGGACCUGUCUCUGUACCCCCGAGAGGGGGGUGUCUCCAGCCGCGAGCUGGUGAAGAAGGUCUCGGAUGUCAUCUGGAACAGCCUCAGCCGCUCCUACUUCAAGGAUCGAGCCCACAUUCAGUCCCUCUUCAGCUUCAUCACAGGCACCAAACUGGACAGCUCUGGCGUGGCUUUUGCUGUGGUGGGGGCCUGCCAGGCCCUGGGUCUCCGGGAUGUCCACCUCGCCCUGUCUGAGGACCACGCCUGGGUUGUGUUUGGACCCAAUGGAGAGCAGACCGCUGAGGUCACCUGGCAUGGCAAGGGCAAUGAGGACCGGAGGGGCCAGACCGUCAAUGCGGGCGUGGCUGAGCGGAGCUGGCUGUACCUGAAAGGAUCAUACAUGCGCUGUGACCGCAAGAUGGAGGUGGCAUUCAUGGUGUGCGCCAUCAACCCUUCCAUUGACCUGCACACUGACUCCCUGGAGCUGCUGCAGCUGCAGCAGAAGCUGCUCUGGCUGCUCUAUGACCUGGGACAUCUGGAAAGGUACCCCAUGGCACUGGGAAACCUGGCAGAUCUGGAGGAGCUGGAGCCCACCCCUGGCCGGCCAGACCCACUCACUCUCUACCACAAGGGCAUUGCCUCGGCCAAGACUUACUACCGGGACGAGCACAUCUACCCCUACAUGUACCUGGCCGGCUACCACUGUCGCAACCGCAAUGUGCGCGAAGCCCUGCAGGCCUGGGCUGACACAGCCACUGUCAUCCAAGACUACAACUACUGCCGGGAAGACGAGGAGAUCUACAAGGAAUUCUUUGAAGUAGCCAAUGAUGUCAUCCCCAACCUGCUGAAGGAGGCAGCCAGCCUGCUGGAGGCUGGGGAGGAGCGGCCGGGGGAGCAGACCCAGGGCUCCCAGAGCCAGGGGUCCGCCCUGCAGGACCCAGAGUGCUUCGCCCAUCUGCUGCGUUUCUACGAUGGCAUCUGCAAGUGGGAAGAGGGCAGCCCCACGCCGGUGCUGCACGUGGGUUGGGCCACCUACCUCGUGCAGUCCCUAGGCCGCUUCGAAGGACAGGUGCGGCAGAAGGUGCGAAUAGUGAGCCGUGAGUCAGAGGCAGCUGAGGCCGAGGAGCCCUGGGGUGAGGAGGUCAGGGAAGGCCGGCGGCGCGGCCCCCGCCGGGAGUCUAAGCCUGAAGAGCCGCCGCUCAAGAGGCCAGCGCUGGACAAGGCCCUGGGGGAGCCGCCGCCCAAGAGGCCAGCGCUGGACAAGGGCCUGGGCGCCGGGCAGGGUGUGGUGCCAGGGCCCUCCCGGAAGCCCCCAGGGACUGUCCCAAGCACUGCCCGUGGUCCUGAAGGCGGCAGCACGGUCCCAGCGCCUGCGGCUGCCGCAUCGCCUCCACAAGAGGGUCCGGUGCUCACUUUCCAGAGCGAGAAGAUGAAGGGCAUGAAGGAGCUGCUGGUGGCCACCAAGAUCAACUCGAGCGCCAUCAAGCUGCAGCUCACCGCGCAAUCGCAAGUGCAGAUGAAGAAGCAGAAGGUGUCUACACCCAGCGACUACACUCUUUCCUUCCUUAAGCGGCAGCGUAAGGGCCUCUGAACUACCCUCGCACUCCUCAGUCCUCAUCAGGCUCCACCCCAGCACCCCCCUCCCCGGAAUAAAGGCUCUGGCCCGGUGUCAGACUCA